AUGUCUGAAGCUGAAGGAGAUGUUGAAGAGCCAAAGAAUCUCUUGACUCAGGAGAUGAUAAAUGAAAAUCUAUCACAAGUCGAUGUCAUAUCUGAUGGUUCUACUUGCGCAUUCACAACUCUUGUUGUUGAAGAAAAAGAAAUUGAAGUUCUAGGAGAUGCAAUUAAAAAUUAUAUUCAUUUGAGAAAUAUCAAUAUUAGCAAAAAUCAACUUACAGGAGUUAAUGAGCUUCUAUCUUUGCCAAAUAUCCUGACUCUUACUGCUAUUGAGAACCAGAUUGAGGAUAUUUCUUUCCUGAGUCAGGACCAGCACAACUUUUUGCAAGUUUUAAAUCUGUCUCAGAAUAAAAUUAAAAGUCUUCCUCCAAUUCCUUGUCCAAUGAUAAGACAUAUCAUUCUCAAUGAAAAUGAGAUAGAGUCUUGAGCCGAGUUCACAGGACAUCCAAACCUUGAAAUUCUUGAAUUAAGGAAGAACAAGCUAGGAAAUUGUGAUGGACUCGGAAAUAUGCCAAAGCUCAAGGAACUGUACCUAGCAGAGAACCCUCUUGUCAGUGUAGGGCAGCUCCAUACCCUUCCAAACUUGACCAAACUUCACCUCAGAGCUACAGAGAUUGAGAAAUUUGAAUCAUUUCCAAAUCUUCCAGAACUAGAAUACCUAAAUCUCAGAGAGACCAAGAUUGAGAAGUUAGAGGAUGCUAAACAACUAGAAAUCCUAGAGAACCUGUCUACAGUCAACUUCUUAGGAACUCCACUUGGAGAUGAACUUGCUGAUGGAAUCAAGAAAGAGUUCAUCCUAGUGUUCCCUGACCUUUACCUAGAAAAGGUCAAUAAAGAAGUGAUCACUGAUGAAGAUCACAAAGAGGCCGAAGAACUUAAAGCAGAAAGAAAGGCUGAGGAAGAAGAAAAGAGAAGACAAGCUGAAGCUGAAGGAGAGGAAAAGAACGAAUAG